AUGGCUCUAGCUAUCUCCCACGAGGAUACUCAGAUUUUGUUAAAAGACAAGAAUGUACUACAGGACUCGGUCUUGAACAAAUACAGAACAGCUGGGCAAAUCGCACAAACUGCUCUGAAAUAUGUCACCUCUUUGAUCAAUGAUUCGUACCAUACCAAGACUGCUCAGCGUCAACUAUCUGUCUCAGAGUUAUGUUUGUUGACAGAUUCCUUUGUGCUGACUCGCUUGGAACAGCACUACAAAAACAAAGUCAAUGAAAGAGGUAUUGCUAUUCCAACUACCAUCGAUAUUGACCAAAUUUCCGGCGGAUGGAGUCCAGAAAUUGACGAUACACAAAACUUGUUAAACUGGAACAAAAACAAAGAUUCCACAUUUUCAUCUUCCGUAACCGGUAUCUUGAGAGCAGGCGAUCUGGUCAAAAUUACGUUGGGUGUCCACAUUGAUGGUUACACUUCCGAAGUUUCUCAUACCAUGGUUAUUUACCCAGUCGAUGAAGCCAAUUCUACUCCUCAACCAACCGGACCAUUGUUAGGUGGUAAGGCUGAUGCUGUAGCUGCCGCUCACAUUGCUAUGGAAACAGUAGUCGCAUUAUUAGCUUGUGCUUUAACACCAGAAAAACUGCCUGCUUCUUUAGGUGGGGCUUCAAAGGGCAUUACAGGUCAACUAAUCAGAACUAUUGUAGACACUAUUGCCAGAUCCUACAACUGUGGUAUUGUCCCUGGUUCUCGUGUAAGAAGAAUCAGAAGGUUUUUAGCUGGCCAAAACGAAGGUAUUGUUGCCGAAAAAGAAUACAAAGGUGUUAUUUGGGCAGAAUCCCAUCAAGAGGCAGAACUUUUGUCUAACACUAAUGCCAAGGAUUUGGCUGUGGUAGAUCGCGGCCAGUCUACUCCGUUUACUAGCGCUUCUGCUAUUCCAAGUGAUGAUUUCGUUGUACAAUCAGGUGAAGUUUAUUUGAUCGAUUUAAAGAUGGCAUCUUUGGAACAUUGUAGCAAAAAGGGUUUGGUCACUUUGGAAACUGUAGAUUCAUAUGUUGGUAAAUCUCACAAGGAAGGUGAGUUGAUCGCUAGACCUGGUGUGUAUGUCAGAGAUUUCGCUCAAGUCCAUAUUCUUAAACUAAAGACCGCAAGACAACUAUUAACCAAGAUUGAUAGACAAGGUGUUUACCCAUUCAAGUUAUCUCAUUUAUCCUCCAACUUCCCAUUCGUCGAUGAAAACGAAGAAGAACUUCAGAAUCUAAAGAAGGAUUUGAGAUCAUUUAGACUUGGAAUGAGUGAAAUUUCCAACAAUUACUUAUGUGUGGAAAGUCCAAUACAAAUUGCUAGAUGGAUUCCAUGGGACCAUAUUUUGAAGGCCACUAACUCAAACGGUAAUUUGAGUUAUGAUGCCACUACUACAUUAACAUUACCUGGUCAUGAAUUGCCUUUACCAAAAUUGGGUGUUUCAGCUAUCAAACUUAAAUCCUUAUUAAAUUCAACUAAUGAAUCUAUUUCUUUACCAGUUGCACGUGAAUGUAAUACUGUCGUAUUGUGUGACGCCAGUGUAAGUACAACCGACAGACCAGAAUUAUUGAGAUUAACUGGCGGUUCCAAGACUUGUCAACCAAGUUGGAUUCACUCCCAACAUGAAUUGAACCCUGAAGACUCAAUUGUUCAAGGUAUCUUUCAAUUGGCUACUUUGGCUAAGGAUAAGAGAUUUGGGCUUCUAUUGAAGGAAACACAACCAAUGAAGCAGAAAAGUGUUGUCACAUCAAAUGUUGAAGUUGAAGAAACGAUGAAGAUGUAA